CUGUGAGGUGAGAACACAUAAAAACUUUUAUCUUGAAGGUUCUUUCCUGGCCACGCCCCCUCCCGUCUCGUGACCGGCAGAUUAAACCAGCCAAUCAUAGCGCACCAUCUGUAAACAUGGCGUCCCCCUUCAGAUGGAGAUGUGCCGCUGUCCUCCUGCUCUGCUCGUAUUUCUUCUGUAUUUCAGCCGCAGACGGAAAAGAGAAGCCUAAAAAGAAGGACAUCCGGGACUAUAAUGACGCGGACAUGGCGCGGCUCCUGGAGCAGUGGGAGGAGGAUGACGACAUCGAGGAGGGCGACCUCCCCGAGCACAAACGGCCCCCGCCUCCCAUCGACUUCUCCAAAGUGGACGCCUCCAAACCUGAGGAGCUCCUCAAGAUGUCCAAGAAAGGCCGCACCUUGAUGGUUUUCGCCACAGUGUCAGGAGAUCCCACUGAGAAGGAGACGGAGGAGAUCACCGGCUUGUGGCAGGGCAGCCUCUUCAACGCCAACUUCGAUAUCCAGAGGUUCGUGGUGGGCUCCAACAGGGUGAUCUUCAUGCUGCGGGACGGCAGCAUGGCCUGGGAGGUCAAGGACUUCCUGGUGUCCCAGGACCGCUGCGUGGACGUGACGGUGGAGGGGCAGGUGUUCCCGGGGAAGGCCGCCAAGAAAGACGACGCCAAGUACAAGAAGCCCAACGAAACGGGGAAGAAGAGCAGGAAGACGGAGAGCAAGGCGCCGGACCUGACGGGGAACAGCGCCGGCAGUCGGAAGCAGGAGCUUUGAUGGAGCUCGUCUCUCCUCCGGGCCUCAGACACGAUCAGCACUAAUCUGUGAACGCUCGCCAGCGGCGCCCUGCGGCAGCUCCGGGAGACGCCGCCGAGGCGGCUGUCAUGGCAGCCAUGUUCCUGGAAUCAGCUUUCCAAGAGCGGGAACAGGAUAAAAUCAACUCUGAUACAUCUCUUCAAUUCUUCCUGAUGUUAGAUUCUCACCAAAUGAAAUCAGAGCACUCUGAAAGGUACUUUAAGCUCUAAUGACUAAACGUGUUUGUUUGUUUGUGCCAACAGUCAUGAUUCCUACAGAAAUGUCUUCUUUCUGCUGUAAUCAUGCAGUUAUUCCAUCCAGUCCCUCUCCGAUUUUUCACACACGCUCACACAGACACACACAGAGCAGUACUUGUGGAUUUGAUAUGAAUGUGACUGUUUGUGUGAUUUUGAUUUUUGUCAAAUCUGAAAAUAAACAUUUUUAUAUUGUA